AUGUUCAGCCGGAGCAUCAACACAGUCGACACUGCUGAAGUCGAAGAUGAGGAAGACGAUGAAGACACAGCUCCCAGUAUUUCCGGUGAGUACGAUCCUCAUCCGGACUUCAAACCCAUCAUCGAUCUAACCGUCGAAAUCGAAGUGACAACCGGUGAGGAAGACGAAGAACCAAUGUUCUGCGUUCGCUCCAAGCUACUGCAGAUGGUUCAGAAAGAGUGGAAAGAAAGGGUUCUUGGCGAUCUGAAGAUUCUCAAGAGUAAAUCCGAUCCAACCAAGUACAGGAUCAUCGCUAUGGACUUUGCUGACGAGAAACCGAAGAGCGAAACAUGCUCCGAAUAUAAUGAACAAUAG